GGUCAAAGGUCAGAGUUGAAAUUGAACAUACUUUGCCCGCCAAAUUUCUAGAGGUGCACUGCUAGGCUCCUGAGAGUAAGUUCUUCGGUUUUGGCACUCGUACAUUGUUGAAUAUGAACGUAUCAAACAACAACCACACCGAUGAAGUUCUCCGAGGGCUUGACGAACUUCGGAAGCGGGGAGAGCUGACUGACGUGGUUCUGGAGGUGGAAGGGAGAAGUUUCCCCUGCCAUCGUGCUGUCCUGGCAUCCUGCAGUCCCUACUUCCGCGACAUGUUCACCAGUGGCUAUGUGGAGGCCAAACAGGACAGGAUCACCAUCAAGGAUGUGAGUGAGGUAGCCAUGGCAACCAUUCUGGACUACGCCUACACCGGCCGCCUUCAGACAGAGCCAGACCAGGUCCAGGCUGUGAUGUCUGCAGCCAAAUUGCUACAGGUUGAAUUUGUAAUCCGUAAGGUAGCAAAGUACAUGAAGAACCAUCUGGACGUGUCCAACUGUGCAGAUGUGUUGAUGUAUGCUGACAUGCUGGGGGAACACACCCUGAAGGAGGCCAGUGUGAGGUACAUCACAUACAGGUUCAACCAGGUGGCGCUACAACCAUCCUUUCUCCAGUUGCCACUUCCUGUGCUCCAGUCACUUCUAAACAUGGAUGAUCUGAUGGUCGACUCUGAAGAUGUCGUUGUGCAAGCUGCUCUAAGAUGGGUUGAUUUCAACCAAGAGGAGCGCAUGCAGCACCUUCCUGCUCUUUGCAAAUCAUUCCGCCAUUCUUUCAUCAGCUCAGAACAACUUGUGGAACUUGAGAGUAAGUGCCUGCCCACAGACUGCAAGUUGGUAUACAGUGACAGCACAACCCUGCGUUUGUGGCAGACACGGACUGAAAUGCCCAUCAUCCCAGGAUAUUUCUCUUACAAAAAUUUCAAGAAAACUAGUGCUGUUUGUUGCGACCCUUCGAAAGGCAAGUCGUAUGAAAUGCACAUGCCUGACAAUAUUCGUUCAUACUCAAUGGCAGUGACCCCUACUGAUGAUCUGUACAUGGCAGGGUUUAUUGAUGAGAGGGGUCCAGGAAAAAAGGAAUGAAAAAGUUUCUUCAGUUCAAUCAUCAGGAGAACUCCUGGGAAUCCAGAUGUGACUUGACUACACCUCGGGACAGCUGUAGACUGGUUUACCUGAAGGGGUACAUCUAUGCCAUUGGGGGUGACAAGACGAAUCAAACAGCAGAGAGGUACAAAUGUAUGACCCCAGCAGUGAUGAGUGGACGUCCAUACCACCCAUCCCCUAUCCAAUGCCAGCUCCAGCCCGCCCUGAGUGUUCCUAUGCUGUGGCC